GUGGUAAACAUGCUACCGAAGUCAGUGCGUUUGCUGUGGUUAUUAGAAAAUCCCAUUUUAUUUAGAAAGAUUAUAUUAAGGAAGCGGAAGAAAAGAAUUGGAGUGCAUUACCUAAACAGAACUCGUUUGACAAACGGUGAAUUUCACCAACUGUACUAUGAUCUACGAAGAGAUCCGUCUAAAUUUUUCGAAUUUUUACGCAUGUCUAUUGACACUUUCGAUUAUAUUUUGAUACGAAUUAAGGACAGGCUUCGGAAGAAAGUAACUAAUUUUAAGAGACCCAUAUCUCCAGUAGAAAGGCUUUAUUUAACAUUAAGGUUCUUGUCUACAGGACUCUCAUUCCGAAAUUUAGCAACAACUCUGAGAAUGGGAGUUUGUACCGUUAGCAAAAUUGUUCAUGAAACAUGUGAAAUAAUAUGGAAUGAAUUUGUUGACGAAUUCAUGCCAGUUCCUAGUCAAGAGCAAUUACAAACUGUAGCAGAAGGAUACUACAGACGUUGGAAGUUUCCAAAUUGCGUAGGGUCAAUUGACGGCAAGCACUGCCAAAUAAAAUGCCCACCAGGAAGUGGUUCUCGCUAUUUUAAUUAUCUGAAGUAUUUCUCUGUGGUCUUACAAGCAGUAGCUGAUGCUGACAAAAAAUUUAUCACAAUCGAGGUUGGCGCCAGAGGAAAGCAAAGUGAUGGCGGAAUAUUUUCAUCUUCGCAACUCUUUAAUCUACUUGAAAAUAAGGUAUUUAAUAUGCCGCCAGACAGAGAACUAUUUGGUACAAACAUUAAAGUACCUCAUGUUUUAAUUGGUGACGAGGCAUAUCCGUUGAAGACUUAUUUGAUGAGACCAUAUCCUUCCAGAAAUCUCGAUCCCGUCAAAGAAAACUUCAAUAAUCGCUUGUCAAUAGCUAGAAAAUGCAUUGAAUGUGCUUUUGGCAUACUACGUGCUAAAUGGCGUAUCUUGGGCAAGGAUAUCGAAGUUAGCCCAGAAAAAGCGGCAAAUAUAGUAAAAUGUACGUGUAUUUUACAUAAUAUUGUGAGACAUCGAGAUGGCAAUAGUGACUUACAUUACUGUCAAGAGGUGGUACAUUAUUUUCCAGAAAAUCAGCGUGAAACAGAAUGGUUGCCACCUCCUCAAGAAGGACACGGAGGAGCUCGUAGAAGUUCAGCACGAGCGAAACAGAUACGAGAAUCUUUUGCAAAUUACUUUGUAGAUUUUUGAACGACAAAAAAAUAUACGUGUAUACUUGUA